AUGGCCGACUCUCCUGUGAAGACUGACCAUGAUCAGACCGCGGUCUAUAUCGAAGAUACAAAGCCAAAACAGAUGGGCGCAUCGGCGAAUAAUGCGAAUAAUGAAGAGCAUAACAUGACAUUCUCCUCGGUCUGGAGAAACCACAAGACCAUGAUUUGGUGGUCGUUCUACUGGGCUAUGUGUUCCACUGGCUGGGGUUUCGAUGCUCAAAUUAAUGGUGCUAUGAUCGCAGUUCCGGCGUUCCGGCAUGAUUUCGGAUAUAUAUCAGCUGGUCAGGUAAUCCUCCCUGCCAGAUGGCAGUCUGCAUUCAACGUCUGUAGUGCGGUCGGUCAAUUCUUCGGAGGUUUCCUUUGCAGCUGGCUCGCUGAUCGCGUCGGAAGAAAGCGGUCUCUCUUUUGUGGCAUUGUUGUUUGUACUGGCGGAAUAAUUGGAGAGCUUCUGGCUCCUAGCCCUGGUGCAUUCUUAGCCUCCAAGAUUGUAUUAGGAUUGGGACUAGGAUUUUAUCUUACCCUCGGGCCUAUGGUGUGCAGUGAAAUCACUCCCAUUGUGUUGCGCGGGCUUUCAACUGCCGGCGUUAACCUUGGGAUAAGCGUGGGUCAGCUACUAUCAAACGCAGUCGUUAAGGGAUUCAGCAAUCGUAGCGACCACUGGGCAUAUCGAGGACCAUUUGCUAUACAAUUAUUCUUUUCUCUAUUUUUGUUGGCUGGACUCCCUUUUGCUCCGGAAUCACCAUGGUACCUCGUCAAACAAAACAAAAUCGACAAAGCCCGGAAAUCAUUGCAAAGUAUCUGGGGGAAAGAUUACGACGUUACAUCCAAGCUGGACGCAAUUCAACUGUCUCUUGGGGAAAGCUCGCAGCAAUUGAAAGCCAAGUUUACAGACUGCUUCCAAGGAACCAACUUGCUUCGAACGGGAAUUUCAUGCGGGGGAUUUGUUUGUCAACACGUGGUCGGCAUCAUCUUUGUUCUUGGAUACUCCACCUACUUCUUCGAGCUCGCAGGGUUAGACGAUUCUCACGCAUUUAAUCUUGGUGUCGGUGUGACCGCCUGUGGUGUUUUUGGUAACAUCCUCAGUUGGUUCAUGAUCAAUAACUCCCAUAUCGGUCGCCGCAAACUCUUCAUCGGAGGCAUGGCGAUUCUCACUACUCUUCUCCUAUUGAUCGGCAUCAUGGACUUGAUUCCAACGAGCGCGGCGAAAUGGGUGCAAGCUUCAUGCACCGUUAUUUACGCUUUCUUUUACUUUAUGACCAUCGGCGCUGUUGCCUUUGUAUUAUUGGGAGAAGCGUCCAGCCCUCUCUUGCGCGCAAAGACCACGGCUUUAGCCACCGCUGUCCAAGCUUUAUUCGGUAUAAUCAUGAAUUUUGUGAUCCCGUACAUGGUCAAUCCAGAUGAGGGCAACAUGAAGGGAAAGGUUGGCUUCGUUUGGGGCGGCCUCUCGUUAAUUGCGACAGUCGGGAGCUGGGUUUAUGUGCCCGAGUUGAAAGGCAGAACAUUUGAAGAGAUUGAUUGGAUGUUUACUCGUCAUGUGCCUCCACGUAAAAUGGGCGAGUAUCAGUUUGAGUAA